AGCCACCUCUAAAAAUCUACUACGUAAUAAAAAGGGCAUUUCAAUAUUCAACUUAUUUAAGCAACCAGAUAUCAAGGAGAACACUCAAACCCAAACCCAAACCCAAAGCCUUCGUCAUCGGACGAUUCUCCCAUCUCUCUCUUUCUCUCUCAACUUCUUAUAUCUUCUCUUCCUCAACUAUCCACUGCAACAACAAAAAAGAAAGAAGAAGCCGAACAAACAAAAUGGCCAACGCAGCUUCGGGUAUGGCAGUGCAUGAUGACUGCAAGCUGAAGUUUUUGGAGCUUAAGGCAAAAAGGACCUAUCGCUUCAUUGUUUACAAGAUUGAGGAGAAGCAAAAGCAAGUUGUUGUGGAGAAGGUUGGUGAGCCAAACCAAAGUUAUGAGGAUUUCACUGCAAGCCUUCCCGCUGAGGAGUGUCGUUAUGCUGUCUACGAUUUUGAUUUUGUCACUGAAGAGAAUUGCCAAAAGAGCAGGAUUUUCUUCAUUGCGUGGUCUCCUGAUACGGCAAGGGUUAGAAGCAAGAUGAUUUAUGCAAGCUCCAAGGAUAGAUUUAAGAGAGAGCUUGAUGGAAUUCAGAUCGAGUUGCAAGCAACCGAUCCAACUGAGAUGGGUCUUGAUGUCAUUAAGAGCCGUGCCUGCUGAAUACAAAUCGUAGCCCUUGCGACAGGGAGUUCCUCCCUUCAUCCCUUCUUUACUUAAGUGAAUUGUUUAUAGUUUGUGAGAUGGUAAACUUGGCUAAUUAUCGUCUUAAUUUCCAAGCUUUGCCGUGGAGUCUUUUAUUCAUCUUGGACAAGUGUUUACCACCUCCUGCCUCCCUGGCGGGUCUGGUCUUGUGUAAACAAGUAUCGCUGGUUUCCGAAAUAUCAUGUGAUUUGUUAUCUAUAGAACCUAUGUACUGUCGAGUGGCCUUUCAUAGUCUUAUUCCUACUAGCUAAUAUGUAACUGUUCGUGGGGGUUAGACAACACCUUUAGAGUUCAUUUCAAGUUUUGAAUUGAUCCCUGUCAUUUAACUUUGGAAUGCUAAAGGCGAAUGGUUUUAAAUCUUCAAA